AUGGAGGAUGUGGUGCUGGACAGUGGCAUUCGGGACUUGGGACGUGAGCGGGGGAAGGGGUGGGGCGGGGCGGAGAGAAGAGUGGAGGUGGCGAAGAAAGGGCGAGGGCAGUGGCGAAGGAGUGGGAGCAGCGGCUCUUUAACUAGUUCUAGUCGUGCUAGUGGUGCUGCUGGUGGUGGUGGUGGAGGUGGAGGUGAUGUUGCGUACGCUGGUGGAGGUGGUGGUUUUGUUUCUACCGCUGGUGCCGGUGGUGCCGGUGUCGGCAAUGCAGUUUAUCGUGCUCGCACGCUCAGCUUUUAUGCAGCCCCGCCAACGCCUGCUUCAGGUGCUGCUUCAGGUACUGCCUCAGGUGCUGCCUCAGGUGUUGCCUCAGCACCAGGUGCUGCGUCAGGUUCAGCUGGGGCAGGAGUUGCGCCACGAUCUCCGCUCCAGCAGGGUCACAGGGGGGGAUAUGGGCAGCACAGGCAGCAGACGCAACGGGGAAUGGCGCAGCAGGGGUUGGCGCAGCAGGGAAUGGGAGUGGCGCAGCAGGGCAUGGCGCAGGUGCAGGGGUCUGGGGGCGUGAGUCAUGUGUGGCGGCCGGAGAAACACAUUCCAAGGGGUGCUGUGCCAGCGCCACGUGUACCAGCGCCACGUGUACCACCACAUGUCUCAGCGCCACGUGUGCCACCACAUGUCUCAGCGCCACGUGUACCAUCACAUUUCCCAGCGUCAGAUGUACCAGCGUCAUCAAAAGCACCAGCACCAAUUGCAGCAGUAGCACCUGUCGCUCAGGGCAUGGCUGUUGCUGCUGUUGCCCCAAUCCAAGUCCAUACCCCUGCUGCUGCUACUGCUGCUGCCCCUGUGUCUCGCGCUGCUGCCGGCGCUGCAGCAGCAAGAGCAGCGGGGUUGAGGGGGAAGAGGGAGGCGAGCAGGGAGAAGGACCGGCACAUGGUGGCUUUCCUUCUCAACAUGCUCACAUCGCUCCAACCUUCCCCGCCCUCUGCAACCCCGGCUUCUCCCUUCACCUCCCCCAUGCCCUCUGCUCCGGCCUUCGCCCAUCCUCUCCCGGCCAGUAACCCUGCUUCCUCCUCUCUCCCUCCUUCUCAUCCUGCCGUCUCCCCCACUCACCUGGGGGUGAGUGCCGGGCGGUUGAGCAUGGAGGAGAUGUUAGCACGGCUGCAGCAGCAGUGGCAGGCGCACCGAGCAGGCACCACCGGAACCAGCAAAAACGGCAAGAAAAAGAGCAAAAAGAGGGCCGGAGCAGCAGCAGCAGGGGAGAGCAGCAGAAACGGACAAGAAGAGCCAGUAGGCGUGCCUACAGGGAGCAAUCCGGGCAGGAGCCUGGGGAGCGUGAGGGCGUUUCACGUGUCUGAGGCGCUGAAGAACCUCUGGGACGCUGAUGCGGGUCUGGCGUUGUUCCGGUGGGCCAAGGACGUGCAGGGAGUGAAGCCGGACGUUUACGUCUACUCCACGCUCUUCGGGCUGCUGGGAAGGGGGAGGGACGCGGCGAAUCUGGCAAGGGUGGUGGAGGAGAUGAGGGAGGACGGGUGUGAGCACAAUGCGGUCACGCUGCAGUCGCUGGCGACGGCGUAUGGGCGCGCAGGGAGGUGGGAAGAGGCGCUUGCGACGCUGGGAGCGAUGAAGGGUGGUGGUGCGGGGCAGAGCGUUCCGCAUGACCUCACUCUCAUUGGUCCCCAAGUGGACGCGCUCUUCCGAAUGGGCCGCUACAGCGACGCCAUCAAAGCCUUCACCGAGCUGCGCAGUGCCGGGCACGUGCCCGACUCGUUCGUCUACAACACAGUGCUCACCUGCUACGGCCGCGUGGGGAACUCCGCGGGUGCUGAGGAGGCGUUUAAGGAUAUGAUUCGCCAUGGCGUGGCGCUGGAUGUGCGGUGCGCGAAUAGCCUCAUGGAUGCGUAUGGACGCACGGGGCGGGUCGAUGAUGCCAUGGCUGUGUUUGACCGCAUGUGCCUCGCUGCUGUUGCUGCUGGUGGGGCGAGUCACAUGAAAGGAGGUGGAGGAGGAGGAUUGGCAAGGGAAAGGGGAGGGAACCGCAGCAAUGCUCACUUGCCUGGUGCUGCUGUUGUAGCAGGGAUACCCCCAUUGAAUCCCCACAUUGCUGCUGACAAUGCAUCCACGUUACAAGGGCCAGCAGCACGAGCUAUCACGUACAGCUGCGCCAUCCACCUUCUCAGCAUGGCCGGGCGGCUGACAGAAGCCGAGGAGACCUUCGAGGCGAUGCUUGUAGCGGGCAUGCGUCCGGACAGCAUCACAUGGUCCACCAUGGUGCAGAUGUGGGCCAAGGAGGCGAAUCCGGAGCGGGCGGUGAUGUGGUUUAAACGUAUGGUGGCGGCGGGGUGCCGGCCGGAAACCCCGGCGUACAACUCACUCAUGUGGGCGUUUGUGGGUCGGGGAAUGUUUGACGAAGCGGGGGAGGUGCUGGGUGCGCUGAAACAUGGGUGGGACCUGGUGGGGCAGGCAGAGAAGCUGGUAGGGCGAGGGGAUAACCUGAUGGGGCGAGGAGAGGAGGAGCAGGAGGCGACGCAAGGCGGGUCGGGCAAGUCGGUUUUCGGGUGGCUGAACUCAAGUGGAGAAGGAGAAUUAGGCCCGGGAAACGCCAACAAGGGUGCUGCCGGUGCCGUUUCACCACAAAGUAAACCGGGAGUUGCGAAGCUUGAGCUGGCUCCGAACCUCAUGACCUACACCAUGUUUCUGAGCGAGUGCACGGAGUCUGCCGCCUGCAGUGACGUGGCACGGCUGCUGCGGCUGAUGGAAGAGACAGAGCAUGCCGCCCACGCGGUGUUUGAACUGCUUACGGAGGAGCCUUUUGAAUCCACCCACACACUGCUGCCGGCAGGUGCUGAGAGUGACAGUGAGAGUGCUCCUCUGAGUGGUGCUAUGUGUGAAGCAGCGAGUGCUGCUGGGUAUGAAUCUCGUGAUGGGGAAACGAGAAGGUGUGAGGGAGAGAGUGAGGGAGGAGGGUGCGAGGAAGUGGGGUGGGGCGCUGUCUGUGGAAUGAUAGAGAGGGGGCUGGUGGAAGUGGAGGUGAGGGGGGUGGUGGGGGAGUGGGAGGAGGAGAGGUGGCGGGAGGUAGAGAGGAGGAUGAGAGGGAGUACGUUCAGUGAGUCGAAUGCGGAGUCCCAACGCGCCUUUGCUGAUGCCUGCGUUGCCUUCUUGCACAAAUUUGGGCGGCACGAGCGGGCAGCCCGCAUGUGGGACCUCUGCCACACGCGGCUAAGGCUGUACCCUUGCAGCAUACAGCUGCCCGCAAUAUCUGGGCAGGGCGGAGAAUGCUUUGUGGACCUGCACGGCAUGUCAGCGGGGACAGCAGUGACGGUGACCAAGUGGGCGUUGGAGAAGAUGCGGCAGGCUGUGGUGGCCUCCGCUGCUUCAGGUGCUUCUGCUGCCUCAGCUGCUGCAGGUGAUGCUUCAGGCGCUGCUGCAGGUGCUUCUGCUGCUUCGUCCUCUGUUGCGUCAACCAUUGCUAUUUUAUCAACUGCUGCCAAUCCAACAGCAAGUGGAGAAACUGCUGUAGGGGCAAUACAAGGAGAAGAAGCACUUGUAGAAUCCUUAUCACCAUCAGAAUCAGGAGCAGCAGAAUCAUCGCAUCUGCAUGAAUCACCACCAGCACAUCCCUUGCAAUGGCGGAGGCCGUCCAAGGUAGCGGUGGUGACGGGGUGGGGCAAGCGCAGCCGGGUGCAGGGGGCGUCGCUGGUGAAGGCGGCGGUGGAGGCGCUGCUGCUGAGGGACCUCACAGCGCCCUUCUCCCUCCACCGCUUCCACCCCGGCUCCUACGAGGCCCCCGGUGCUGACCUCGAGCACUGGCUGCUCAUGCCAGGUGCACGGGCAGCAUCGGGAGCGGCAGUACCGGAGAUGGCGGCAGCAGAGGCAGAGAAGUGCGAUGGAGGGGAGAUGUCGUGGCAGAGAGGACCUUGGGAUAGGGAGGGUUUUAGUGGGGAUGCAGGUAGAGUGCCGGGCGGGAGGGGAAGAGGGAGAGGGAGAGGAGGGAGGGGAGGCAGAGGCGGCAUGGGAUGGCAAGCAUUGGAAAGAGCGUUGAGGGAGAACGAAAAGGAUGAGAUAUUACCUCAGGGACGGGAUGUAUCAGCAGCUGCUGCUGUAGGGGGGGUGACGGAGAGGAGCGGUAGGAGAGAGGCACAGCGGGAGAGGGACAGCACCUUGGUAUCUGUCAUUCUCAACAUGCUCAGGGCCAUUCAGCCGCCUCCCCCUCCCACUGCUCCCACUGGUCCCACUGGCGCUCGAGUGAUGGCGGUGCAACGGAAGGGCAGAAGGGGAAGAAUGGGCGUGGAUGAGAUGGUGGUGCUGCUGCAGCAGCAGUGGCAGAACUGGCUGGCUCGCAGCAGCAGCAGCAGCAGCGCCCGUCGCAGACACGCGACGAGGAGAAGCAGAAGCAGCAAGAUCUGGGACGAGGAGGGCGUGGUUAUCGGAAAUACUCACUGGGACGAGGAGACCACAGGCACCGGCACCGGCAGCAGCAGUCACCGUGGAGUGCCUUUCCAGGCAGUGCUUAGGCCGCAAGGGAGAAGGGUGACGGCGUAUCACGUGAGCGAGGUGCUCAAGGCUGUGUGGGACGCUGACGCGGGGCUGGCGUUGUUCCGGUGGGCCAAGGACGUGCAGGGAGUGACGCCCGACGCGCAUGUGUACUCAAGCCUCUUUGGGCUGCUGGGGCGAUUGAAGAGCGCUGAGGGACUGGAGGGGUUGGAGGGGGAGAUGAAGGAGGACGGGUGCGGGGAGAACGUGAUCACGCUGCAGGCCCUUGCUGCUGCGUACUCGCGUGCGGGGAAAUCUGAGGAGGCACUUGCGACAUUGGAUGAGAUAGAGGAGAAGGAUGAUUCACUUAGCCCAUUCUCAUUCGGCGUGCGAGUGGAUGUGCUAUACCGCAUGGGGCGCUACCGGGACGGGAUCGGUGCCUUCCACAUGAUUGGCACCAACUCUAAGGCCCCUCACAACUCCCUUCCCUCCCAUUCCAACCACAGCGUGCGAGUGGAUGUGCUAUACCGCAUGGGCCGCUACCGGGACGUGAUCAAGACGUUCCACAUAAUGCGGGAGGCAGGCUAUGCCCCCGACGCGUUCGUCUACAGCACCGUGCUCACGUGCUACGGCCGCCUGGGGAACGUCGUCGGAGCAGAGCUGGCGUUCAGAGAGAUGCUGUCCCAGGGGAUGCCCCUCAGUGUGUUCUGCGCCAACAGCCUCAUGGAUGGGUAUGGGCGCGCAGGGCGGGUGGAUGAUGCCAUGGCUGUGUUUGACCGCAUGUGCCUCGCUGCUGUUGCUGCUAGGGGUGGUGAAGGGAGAGAAGGUGAUCAGGAGGGGGUGCCUGGUGCUGCUGCUGGUGCUGGUGCUGCUGCUGUAGCUGCUGCUGCUGCUGCUGAUGCGUCUGGGAGGGCUUUUCUGAACGCCUCGGGUGGCUUGAGAGUUCCUGCUUCGUCACCUGUAGCUGCAACAGCAGCAGGAGCGAGAGCUACGUGCACGAACGCUGCUGCUCAAGUGGUGACAGCUGCACCAGCACCCCAUCCCGCUGCUGCCUCCACCUCCUCUCGUUCCCCUCCGUCCAUCUGGCCCGGCCCUGACAUAAGCACGUACAGCCUGGCAAUCCACCUCCUCAGCACGGCAGGCAGGUUGUCCGAAGCAGAAGCGACGUUUGAAGCGAUGAUGGUGGCGGGCAUAGAACCGGACAUAGUAGCAUGGUCCACCAUGGUGCAGAUGUGGGCCAAGGAGGCGAAUCCUGAGCGAGCAGCGAUGUGGUUUAAACGUAUGGCGCUGGCGGGUUGCCGGCCGGAAACCCCGGCGUACAACUCACUUAUCUGGGCGUUUGUGAGCCGUGGAAUGUUUGACGAAGCUGGGGAGGUGCUGAGUGCUCUCAAACAUGGGUGGGACCUGGUGGGGCUAGGGGAGGAGCAAAAUGAGAUGCAGACCAGUUCUGGAUUUUUGGAGCCUGAAGAAGCUGGCCGGAUGAUGCAAACAAGCGGGAGUGAAGGCAUUGCAGAGAUGGCAGAUACGGCAUUCAAUCCGGCGCCUGGCCGUGCCCCCAACCUGAUGACUUACACCAUGUUUCUGAGCGCAUGCACCGUGUCGAACGACCGCAGCGAGGUGAUGCAGCUGAUGCGCCUCAUGCUCGCCACAGAGCAUCCCGCUCAUGCUAUCUUCCAACUGCUUACGGAGGAUUCCUUUGGUCUGACUCCCGAGAUGGUUGGGAAUGUUGGGAAUGGCAUGAAGGGUGAUGAUGGGACGUGGGAAGAAAGGGAAACGGAAAUUGUUGAGAUUAGAAGGGGUGAGAGGGCAAGGAAGGAGGGUGGUGAUUGGGAAGAGGGGAGGGAAGGAGUUGGAGGGGUAACGGUGAGGGGAUUGUGGGAGAAGUGUGAGGAGUGGUGGAAUGGGGUGGUGAGUGGGGAGGCAGGGAGUGGUCUGGAGGGUGAAAGUUCGAGACUAGCAAGGACAGGGGAACACGGUGACACGAGGAGAUGGUGUGAGGUAGAAAGUGAGGAGGGUAGUGAUAGAGAGGUGGGGAGGUGCGCAAUCGCAGGGGUGCUGGAGAGGGGAUUGGUUGAGAUGGAGGUGAGAGAAGUGUGGAGGGAGUGUGAGGAGGAGCGGUGGAGGGAGAUAGAGAGGAGGAUGAGGGAAGAUUCGUUUAGCAAGGCGGAUAUGGAGUGCCAGCGUGCCUUUGCUGACUCAUCCAUCUCCUUCUUGCAUAAAUUUGGGCGGCACGAUCGGGCAGCCCGCAUGUGGGACCUGUGUUACACGCAGCUGCAGCUGUACCCUAACAGUGUUCGGCUGCCCGCAAUUUACGGGCGGCAUGGAAGAUGUUCCGUGGAUCUACAUGGCAUGUCAGCAGGCACAGCGGUGACAGUGACCCGGUGGGCGUUGGAGAAGAUGCGGCAGGCUGUUGUAGCCUCUGCUGCUUCAGGUGCUGCUUCAGGCGAUUCUUCAGGUGCUUUCGAUUUAUCACUUGGAGUAUCAGGAGAAACUGAAUUCUUAUCAGGGGCAGCGGAUUCAGAAGAGGAAUCAGAGGAUGAUGAAGAGGGAUGCGCACCAGGUAAUCAGGAGCCAGCAGAAGAAUCUACAGGCGAACCUCGGCUGACAUGGCGGCGGCCGGGGAAGGUGGAGGUGGUGACGGGGUGGGGCAAGCGCAGCCGGGUGCAGGGGGCGUCGCUGGUGAAGGCAGCGGUGGAGGCGCUGCUGCUGAGGGACCUCACAGCGCCCUUCUCCCUCCACCGCUUCCACCCCGGCUCCUAUGAGGCCCUCGGCGCUGACCUUGAGCAAUGGCUGCUCACGCUAGGUGUCGACCAGCCACUGGCUCCCCGAGACCAGGAUUGA